GAUUGGCGUAAACGAGGAGGAAACUCUGACCACAAACCACGUGUGAAAGCAAUGACUCCAAACACUCCACGUCUCUUUCUCUUUUUAUAUAUUCUCACAACUUCGAUCUCAAGUAUACCUAACCCUUGAGACCACCAAAAUUUGGCCUUCCCAAGUCCCUCCCUCUCUCUCAGAGAGAGACCUCCCUCAGGCCGGCCGGCCGUUGUCUCACUAAAUUCUCUCUGAGAGCAUCUCCAAUGGCCUAAACAAAUGGGGUUUUUCAUCAAAUUGACUAGCCUAAGCCCAGAAAGGUCUUCGUCGUUUUUGCCGUCGUUGGCUCCGGCGCCAGAUUUCAGCAGGGAUUUCAAUUUGUGGGUUUGUGGGUUUUCAAUUUCUGUUUUUGGAUUUGUGGGUUUGGUGGAUCUGUGGUAUGCAGAGAUGAUUUGUGGUUUGGUUGGUGGGUCUGCGAUUUGGGUGUUUUAUUCCGGCAAGUUUUCCGAUUGAGAUGGUGAGAUGGUGGUGGCCAGCAAGUUUUCCAAUCGAGAUGGUGCGGUUUGUUGAUUUAUGGUAUUCAAUUUUGGUUGAGUUCAAUUUGUGGGUUGUUCCAAGUUCAAUUUGUGGGUGUUCUUGAAUUGCAUUUGCCGAUUGAUUUGGUUCAGUUUGAGGUUGAUUUGUGGGUUGUUUAAGUUCAAUUUCAGAUUGCAUUUUCUGAUUAGUGUGUUCUUCAACUGCAAUUUCCGAUUUCCGAUUUCAGUUUGAGGUUGCAUUUCAAGAGGUUAGGGUUCAUGAAUUAAAAAAUGGUAAUUGGGAUUUCAAUAGCCCAAUUGCUUAGGCUGUUGGAAGAUUCAUACUUGUAAGGGCUAGUUAAACUAGUAUUUUGGCCUUUUGGAUAGUCUAUUUGCUUAGAAUUGGUUUGAGCCUAUUGGAGAUGCUCUGAAAGACUCCAUCAACUUCACCCCACUUCUCUCUUUGUCCCUCUCUCUCCGAUGGCAGACCUCGCCGCUGCUCCGAUAGCCUUCCUAACCGACCAGCACGACGCAGUCAUACCCACCAUACGCAACCUCCCACCACGCGCAACCUCGACUUCCUCGAGAUUCUUUGCGGUCAUCGUCAUCCAUGACGGGACGGGACGGCGUCCCCUCAAAGGGGUCAACAAAGUCCCCCGAAGGCUUCGACCACGAGCACCACCUACCGCAACCGCAAUAAACCGGAUAGGCAGGCCGGUUGUUAUGAAUUCGGGUCUCCGAUUGCAUCUCUUACUUGGCUUGGGCCAGCCCAGUAAAGCCCACCACACUUAUGUAGUGGGGUUAAAGCCGUAGCCCACACCGUAUAAACGUGCCGUAGCCCACACUAUAUAAACGUCGCGAAAACCCUUUUUCUAUUCAUCCCUAGCCUAUCUAAACCCUAAACUCUCCCCUCGCCUCCUCCCUCCCCUAAACGAGAUGAUUUCAUCAGCGCUCUUGAAGAUGAGGCCGAUGAAGCUUUCCCCGCCGGCCCCGUUCUCUCUCAAGCGGGCCCCGUUCCGUUCUCUCUCAAGCCAGCCCCGUUCUUUCAGUUCUCGCUCGAUCCCGACUUCCCCUGAAGAUGAUUCGAAGAGCAAGGAGGAUAGGAGGAUAGGCGAAAUGCUCACCGGACUGAAAUCUGGCGUUUUGUACAUCAAAACCCAACUACGAUUGAAUGGAUUGAUUGUUGGUCGAGGGUCCGGAACAGGGUUUCUCAUCACAAAGAGAAAGGCAGCCACUGCUGCUCACGUCAUAUCUGAGCGGUUCCCUUUUGAUAUUCAAGGUGUUAGAGGUUCGAGGUUUGUUACAUUUACCGUCUGGGCAAAGCUCCCCGGUGGGAAAUUCCACUCAGUCAAAGUAACUGCUGUUGAUACAGUUCAUGAUAUUGCGUGCCUUUCUUUACCGGAUGGCAUGGUGAAUGAUUUAAACAGUAUUUCUAAACUCGAUCUCUCACAUUAUAACUUGCUGUUGGGUCAGAGGCUUUUUUUUGUGGGAAAUACUGCCUUCCAGUGGUCUGUGAAGUCGGCCUUAUUUUCUGCUAUUAGAACAGGGAAAGAAAUACUUGCGAACGACAUGGAAGAGACCCUUCAUGAUCCGUCUCGGUCUUUGCCGGGGGAUCUUUAUAUCGAAGCUGAUGGGGUGGUGGAAGCGGGGGCUUCGGGAGGCCCGGUCGUCACUGAGAAGGGUUUGGUUGCUGCUAUUAUGAUAGCCGGGGGUGAAGGGUUGGCACUUGCUUCCCCCAUUCAGUACUUGAAAGAUUUACUUGUUUGGGAGCAAUCAAAGAAGGGCCAGUUGGUGUUUCUAUAUGGAGAGGUUUCUGAUGACUUUGAAGAGGACAACGACUUUGAGGAGGACGACGAAGAUCAAGAACUGGUGGAGGAUGACGAAGAUCAAGAACUGGAUGAGUAUGAGGAGGUUGAUGAGGAGGUUGGAGAGGAUGAGGAGGAGGUGCAUGAAGAAUAGGUGGUGCUCUCUUUUGAUUAUUUGGAGGUUUUUGGAGGAGAUUAGUAGUAGUAUAAUUAUUCGAGAUCUCUCUGAUUUGUAGGAAUUGGCCACUUACACAUGCUCUCAUCAUUUUAGUAGUUGAUUUAAAUGCAAAGUGCUUUUGUGACAAGAUUUAUGUAUCCAGAAAAACUAUUUGAUGCACCUUUGGCAUGUUUCAUCUCCAAUAGGUACAUGUAAAUGCCAUAUGAUUCUGUAUGAAGUUUCUGUUAGUAAAUUCCUGUUUGUAUCA